AUCAGCAUUAUUUAGCCCAGUCGGUGUGAGUUUUCGGCGGCCGCGCGUACUACGCUCGCUCGGUCUGCUUCAACUUGUAAAGCAUAUAUCCCCAGCACGGAGCAAGCACAUUUGGUUGGGGAAUAUCGGCCUUCCGUUGUCCAUGGACUCAUAUGUGGAGCCGGUCGACCUCCGAGUCGCUUGGCAGUGAGUGAAACGGUUCCUGUCCACCCAGUAGGACCAGUUCCUGUUAUCCCGCUGCAGUCCAUCACUAUGGAACAAUAGCGGACGGAAUCCAUGCUCUUCCUCCAUCCCACCCACCCCUCUUGCACCCUCUUCACAGAAACCCCUGUCACCCAAUAACAAACAUCCCACCCCACCUGUCUCCACAUCCAGUCAGGCGGUGAAGUGGACAGCAGUCUUGUAAUCUUGCAAAAGUGUAGCGCCUGCAUACGCUUACGCUUUUGACAUGGCAACAGUUGUUUUUGUUGUUGCUGUAGAGUUGCUCAGGGGACAACACAAGUGAGUGCAGGAGGCAGCAUAAAGCUUGCAAAAGGCCAAAAAACAUCGGUCGGUACUGCCGAAGGGCAUGGAAUUCAUCAGGGGGUGAUAAGCACACCAUGCAGCACCGGCAUCGCCCCCUCUCGCCAGUCAGUGAUUGGACCAAAAGUCAACUUUGGAACUAUUUGGAACAUACUUAAACUGCAAUGAAAAAUGGAGGAAUGAUUUUUUUUCCUUAUUUGGAUUAUCUUUGCCAUUUGUCUAUUUGGUGGUCAACUGGAGUGAAAUCCCACCAUAGGUGCCUUUACAUUGCAUUACUUUUGUCUAUAUUUUUCUACUCUUUGACUUCAUAUCAGGAUUGCUUAUGACAUGACCAACAAAUAGCUGGCAAUCCUCAACUUCCUUCUCCAACAUACUUUUAGAUAGAACGCAGACUUUUGCACAUAGCCUCCGUUCCAUACCACCGCCAUGGUCACUCUGCAGUCCAAAUGGCGUUAUCUGUUCAUGCUCCUGGGCAUCCAACUGGUAGUCAUGGCGCUGCUGUCCCGGGAGGGCUAUCAGAAAAGGGUCACCAACUUCAUACGGAUCUUCCGCAAAUCGGACCCCGCCGCCGAGUCUGCUCGGAACCACACGGCGGCUGGUGUGCCUGUAGGAUACGUGUACGCUAACCUCUCCCACCUGUACAAGGCGCAGAACAAUGGAGAUGUUUACUACUGUCCCAAAACGUCGCCUCUCUUAGGUGGGCCGAUCCACGUGAGCUUCCCGUCUGGCCUCACUUUGGCCCAGGUGCAGCGCAAGAACCCACUGGUGGAACGCGGUGGGCGCUACCGGCCACCUGACUGCGAGGCUCGCCACCGAACAGCCGUGGUCAUCCCCCACCGCCACCGGGAGCACCACCUCAAGUUCCUGCUCUACUACCUGCACCCAUUCCUGCAGCGACAGCAGUUGAAUUACGCAAUCUAUGUCAUCCACCAGGCGGGCAACUACACAUUCAACCGGGCCAAGCUGAUGAAUGCUGGCUUCCGCGAGGCCAUGCGUGAGGACGACUGGGACUGCCUCUUCUUCCAUGACGUGGACCUGAUUCCCGAGGAUGAUCGCAACUUGUACACGUGCGACACCAACCCCAAGCACGCUGCCAUCGCCAUGGACAAAUUUGGCUACAAGCUUCCGUACCAGAUGUACUUCGGUGGGGUGUCGGCUCUCACGCCUAUCCACUACCUCAAAAUGAACGGCUUUCCCAACAACUACUGGGGCUGGGGUGGCGAGGACGACGACAUCGGCGUCAGAGUGUCUCUUGCGGGAAUGUCCAUCACGCGUCCGUCCCUAAAGGUGGGCCGCUACAAGAUGAUCAAACACAAGCUGGACAAGGGCAACGACGUCAACCCAAAGAGGUUCAACAUGUUGGCCAAAACACGUCAGACGUGGAAGCUGGACGGCAUGAACACGGCUGAGUACGAGAUUGUUUCGCGGGAGUACCUCCCGCUGUACACCAACAUCACAGUCUACAUUGGCACCGAGGCCGGACUGCACCCGCCGCCCCACACGGUCCCGAUCCCCGGCAAGGUUUCGGCCAAGGCCGUCAAAACUGACAAAUAGCCCGUCGUCACGUUAUUUGACCUUAUUCGUCCUCGCGGGAUAAUGUUUAUUUUUCCAUCGGUUAGCAUUGUUGUGAGCAGGACCUGACGCAUAUACAUACUGUGUGUAUGUGUAUGUAUA